AUGGGUUCUCGGCUUCACGCCAAUUCUGAGACAGUGCGCAAAAGAAUCCAGAACCAUACAUUUGAUGACGAUAAUGGAGAUGAAUACGAGGCUUCUGCCUUUGGAGGCUUCGACGAUUACUUUCGACGCAAGAAGCUAAAGCUACAAAAUCGUGAUGCGCACAUUCGCGCAAGUUCCGAAAAUAACCCUCCAAUCUUCCGUGGCGUUGUAGCGCAUGUAAAUGGCUACACCCAGCCCACUCUGAAUGACUUGCACCAUCUUAUCGUCAGUCAUGGGGGAGGCUUUUUGCAAUACCUCGAUGGCAAAACCAGUGCUACUCACAUUAUCGCGAGUUCUCUGACACCAAAGAAACGCGAGGAGUUUCGCAGAUACCGUGUCGUGAAACCAGCUUGGGUCGUGGAUAGUAUAAAGGCAGGCCGGCUACUCCCAUGGGAUAACUAUCGUGUCGUUGAUGAGGGAGCUUCGCAAAAGGUGCUGAGGUUUGAGAAUGGCGCGUUGCAGACUGAGACCAAUGAGUUUGAGCGCAGUUAUAAAGACCAGACAGAGAAUAGUUGGUAUAACUCUCAGUUUGGAGAUGCGGCACAAAAGUCGCAACAGGAGGUCGUUGCGGCCUCGCCGGUAAAUGAGAAGUUUGAUAUUGCGUCGAGCUUUCCAAAUUCUAAUGCAGAUACGGACUAUGGGGACUUUCCGUCCUUGGCCUCUCCGGAGGCAACGACUGAGGGACCUCCUGACGACCAAAAUCUGUUGUCAAUCGAAGAAAAUCCAGCUGUUGCUGUGGAGGAUCCUGAGGAGGGUAAUGAAAAUCGAGAAGCUUCAGAAGGAGCUCGAGAUUUGGUCGAUGCUCAACUUGUACGAGAAACCAUACCUGUGAAACCUGGCAUGAGCUCAGAAGAGUACAACGCAGUUCUUUUGUCUGAUCCACGCAUGAGAAAGUCAAGUGUCGUCAAUCCUGACUUUCUACAUCAAUACUAUCGAGAGUCACGACUUCAUCAUUUGUCAACAUGGAAAGCUGAGCUCAAAGCCAAGUUGCAGGCAAGUACUCAAGAAAGAUAUGAGUCAAAUAAGAACAUUAAACGGCACUUACCAGGGGCACGAAGGUACAUUCUGCAUGUUGACUUUGAUAGCUUCUUUGCCGCCGUGUCGAUAAACAAGCAUCAUCCAGAGUUAGUUGACAAACCUGUCGCAAUCGCCCAUGGUACAGGCAGUGGCUCGGAAAUUGCUAGCUGCAAUUAUCCAGCUCGUGCAUUUGGGCUCAAGAACGGAAUGUGGAUGAAAGGAGCGCUGGACCGGUGUCCUGAACUUAAAGUUCUACCUUAUGAUUUUCCUGCCUAUGAAGAAGCCAGUCGCCAAUUCUACGAUUGUAUACUCGCUGUUGAUGGGGUUGUACAGAGCGUCAGUAUUGACGAAGCACUCAUUGAUGUUACUAUGCAAUGUCUGCAGGCUGGUGGCUCAGAUGGUCGUGGUAUCUCUGAAGGCUCAAUAUAUCGAGAGCAGGCUAAGGCCGACGAAAUUGCAACCUCCUUGAGACAUGCAAUCAAAGAAAAGACUGGAUGUGCCAUUUCUGUAGGCGUUGGGGGCAACAUUCUACAGGCAAAGGUGGCAUUGCGCAAAGCCAAACCCGCUGGACAAUAUCAGCUCAAGCCCGACGAAGUUCUGGACUUUAUAGGAAACCUGACGGUUCAAGAUCUUCCCGGCGUUGCUUACAGCUUAGGCGGCAAAUUAGAAGAAAUCGGUGUCAAGUUUGUCAAGGAUAUGCGCGACUUGACACGUGAGAGACUGGUUUCUCAUCUCGGCCCUAAAACUGGCGCCAAACUGUACGACUAUGCCAGAGGCAUUGACAAAGCAGAAGUAGGAGUUCAGACAAUGCGAAAAUCUGUAUCUGCCGAAAUCAACUGGGGAAUUCGAUUCACCAAUCAGACUCAAGCUGAAGAAUUUGUACAAAGUCUUUCCGAAGAGCUCCAUCGCCGUUUGGUAGAGAAUCUGGUUAAAGGGAAACAGCUCACGAUUCGUGUCAUGAGACGUUCAGCAGAUGCGCCGUUGGAACCAGUCAAACAUCUUGGUCAUGGGAAAUGUGAUAUUUUCAAUAAAAGCGUAUUGCUUGGUAUUGCGACCAAUGCAAGCGAUAUCAUUAGCAAAGAAGCAAUUGCAAUGCUUCGGAGUUUUGGGUUCACGCCUGGUGACCUGCGAGGUCUGGGAGUCCAAAUGACAAAGUUGGAACCCGUGAAGUCUGCAACCGGUGGUCGUCUUGAAAGUAGCCAGCAACAAUUGAACUUCAAAGCGUCACCAGUCGCUCAGAGAUCAAUCAACAUGGCCGAUCCAGACUUGCUUGAAAGCCCCCAUAAAGGGGAAGGAGCUAGUAUCGAUGCGGUUGAUACGCUCGAUAAUCGGCCUACGUUCGACAACUCCCUGAAACCUUUGAACGUCCUAGGGACGCAAUUCAUCAUGCCAACGCAACCAGAUCCGAAAGUAGUGGCUGAAUUACCCCCUGACAUUCGAUCUAUGCUGGUACGCAAGUCAAGGGAGUCCCGAGAGACAUCACCUUCUCCGGCACCGAAGCAACGAGUCUCUACUGGAGGACUUCCCUCGCAAUCACAAAUCGAUCCAGAGAUUUUGAAAGCCUUACCUAAGGAUAUCCAAUCAGAAAUUCUAGGCUACUAUGAUCAGCCCUCGAAUGAUAUGAAACUUGAGUCUCCCCAACGCCAACAUCCAUCUUCACCUCCACCGUCGCGUGCUGUUUGUGCAAUGCCUGCUCUCAAAAAACCAACGACUCCGGUCAAGAAACGCCGUGGCCGGCCACCUAAGUCUUUGGCCAAUGCUUCAAAACCUGUGGUCCGCUCGGGUCUGAUGCAAUCAAGUUUCAACUUCAGCCGCCCACGCACUGCUGAGUCAGACACAAUAGACCGAUCUCCGUCGGUUCCAGAUACUGAAAUGACAUCUGAGAUAUCGCAAGAUUUUCUAGCGGCUCUCCCUGAGGACAUACGAGCCGAAGUCCUAGAACAGCACCGACAAGAACAUAUACGCCAGCGAUCAAACCUGGUCGCACCCGUUCAACGAAAGUCAGUAGCUUCUCGACCCAGCACGCCAGCUGAGACUAGUACUGCUACUACUGAAAAGCGGAUCCAGCUAUCACCUCGCCCAGAACGGCCUGCCUUUACCUCCAAGAAACUGACAACAUUACCUGAUCUACGGGAAGCAAUUACCGCUUGGUACUCGUCUUUUGCAACCGAAGCGCCCUUUGUCGAAGAUGUGGAAGCAUUGGCUCUUUAUCUCAGGCGCGUGGUUCUCGAGGAACGGGAUCUUGACAAGGCUGUGACGACUGUGACUAUGGAUCAGACGCAAAGUUCGCACGCCGAAACCACUUGGGAUGAGGCAUUGAAUAUUGUACAGCGGGGUGUUGCAGCUGCGGUCGAGGAGAGGGGGCUGCCUCCUCCUGAGUUCUCUGCAUGA